UGACGUUUCCUCUGCACAGUGAAGCUCCUCCCCUUUAGGCUGAACGGUUUAUUACAGCGCAGAUUCUCCACUCCGAGAUCUCACUGUGAUUGGAUAGUGAAGCAGCAGGUGUGGCAGGUACAGCAAACUGAGUUUCCGGUAGGGCAUUUCGCACCUGUGUUAAACACAGUCGGUGUUUCCCUGCACUGGUUGGGUAGAGACCAGCUCUUUCCAGAGUUUGAGGAUCCGGACUCGGAGCUGAAGUUGUCCGGCAGAAGCAGCAACAAUCGCAGAUGGCAGCGAGUGUACCGGCAGUGGGGGCAAGGAGAAACAGUAAGGACGAACCUGUGAGCUUGAGGCUGGUUCUGGUUGGGAAGACUGGAGUAGGGAAGAGCUCCAGUGGAAACACCAUCCUGGGAAAGGACGUCUUCAGAGCAGCAACUGGUUCUGCCUCAG